CGUGGUGGUGCCUUUCAAGAAAAACACCUCGUUUUUUGGCACUCGCCAUGGUCAACAAGGCGAAAUCUGUACAAAAAAAGGUGUCCAAGCUUGAUCCAACGUCAAGGCUCAAAGCAACCGACAAGGCUGUGCGAGGGAAGCUGCUCUAUGAGAACCGAGCGCUUGCUUGCCAUGGCAAGACUGUGGAGGAAGCAGUUCGUCUCACGAUCGAUGGCGCCAAGUACCGUAUGGCUGAUUUAAGAUAUGACCUGAAGGGAGGACGACUGGCGCUGCUCAAGAAGGGGCAAGCGGCAGGACCGAAGCCUCUUAGUGAACGGUCGAAGGCUCCGAGGACGGGAAAAUCGAUGCCCGAAGCCACCUUGGACGAAUUCUUCCAGUUCUGUUCUUGCCAGCUGCAGAUCGAAGGCCGCGAAAUCAUGGAGAAGGACAUACCCCUCAAAGACGCAGAUGCCGAGGCUCUUUUUCCUCACGUCCAUGAGCACGUGAAGCCCAACUUGGGGAACACCGAGAGAUGGGUGCCGUACCACACGGUGCUGGGGGUGCACGAACUCUUUCUGAUGGAGGCGGUGCACAGCCGCACAGAUUGGACGGAAAAGCAGAAAUUCUUGGCCAUCUUCGUUUUCCGAGCGCACUGCAAGCGUGACCUUUUCAGUCAAGCACAAGUUCCGCUCAUGAAGAAGGAGUUUUGGAAGAACCCUGUGAAAGCUUUCGAGCCCGAGGGCCGGAUGGAAAAGGCCAUCCUGUCGUACCGAAAAAAGACAGGCAAUCCGCUCCUCACAAAUUGCUUUCGCAUUAUUCCAGAAAGAGUCUUGAAGGACAAUGAUGCAAACCUGGUCCGGAGCAUUGUGACAAGGUCUGCCCGGCUGCUGAAGAUGGCGGACAAAGCCUACGAGGUCGUCCAGAACAAGAAGCUGUCGGCCAAAGACAAAUUGGCAGACAUCUCGGAGAUGAUCCAAUCAACGGAGGGCUGUGGCGACACAUGGGCCAAGAUGCUCACCGUUUGCAUCGAUUUGGCGUACCCAAAGGAGAAGAUUCUGGAUGCCGAUUGCGAUGUCGGUGUGGGCGCAGCUCCUCCCCUGCAAUGCCUUCUGGGCAACGCGAAGUUGCCGGACCGACGGUCUGCCUUGCGAGAGCUGCUGGGGAAAGUGAACAAGUCGCAGAGCGCUUCUGCCAAGCACUUUUGGAAGUAUUUGACGGAGGUCGAGACAUCGAUGCGUCAGAAGUUCCGCCAUUUGCCUUUGGUGGUGAAGCAAGCGGACACAAAGAAACACCACAUGAGUGCCUCAACACUCCAGGUCCAGCUUUGUGAGUACCGACAGUUCCGCCACACGUGGGCACGGAACGUGUAUGGCCUCCCUGAUGAUGCGACGAUGCGAACAGAGGAGACGACACGAUUUCAAGCUGAAGAUGCCCUUUCGAAUGACAAGACGUCGGUGAAUUGUGAAUUUCGACACGAUGGGCGGACGGUGAAGCUGUCCGUGAACAUCAAAGCCUUCCAGUCGUUGAAGGUUGCCCAACGUGUUGCCAUCAUGAUGAUGCAGCAGGUGAAAUCUGGUGCAUCUGAGAAGGAGGCGGCCAAGUUCCGCGAUGAGUUGGCCAAAGACUAUGUGCAAGGGAAGGACGUGAAGGACAGCAGCGAAGCCUGGAAGUACUGCAAGGUCCAACUGUCUCAUCCUUCGCCUUUGGUGGCCUUUGUCUUCCACAAAAAGGAUGGAACCAACUUUCCCUUCCAGACCACCGUCAAGGCAGCCGGGAAUGUGUUGCAAGCGGAGCGAAUCGCUCGGCUUUGCUGGGAAAUGCUGCAAUCGGGAAAAAAUAAAGAUGCCGUUCUCAAGUACAGGGAUGAGUUGUACAAGAUGGCUGGGGGAAGCUCUGCCCGAAAACGCAAGCACGAAGAGUGAGUCCGUGCGGGGUCUUUUAGAGUCCACUUCAGUGACUGCGCUUUUGACG